CCAGUCACUCAUUCACUCAUUCAUUCACUCGCUCACUCCAUCUUACUAUUUUCUCUUUUCCCGAACCCACAGACAGAUAUAGAAGCUACCUAUUCUUCUUCUCUCUUUUAAAAAUGCUCUUCAACCUCAAGCCCACCCUCCUCUUCGGUCUAGCCCUAACCGCAGUCGCCAGCCCGAUCGCCAGCGACACCGACCCCCUGGAGGCGCGCGACCUGCUCAGCCUCCUCCCCCGCGCCCAGGUCAAGGACGUGAACUGCGGCGGGGCCAAGUUCACCGCGGCCAACAUCAACGCGGCGAUCAAGCAAUCCAAGGUCGUCGAGACGGCGCGAGCGGCGGGCCAGAAGGGCUAUGGCAAGUACCCGGAAACGUACGGCAACGGCGAGAAGUUCUUCAAAUCCACCAGCCAGCUGUAUGCGUACCCGUUGAUCUCGGGGGUUUAUUCUGGAAAGUCCAGUGCCGGUGAACCUGGCAAGUAUCGGGUUAUCAUGAAUGAGAAAUACACGUACAUGGGGUCUGUGUAUCAUCCCCCCGGGACGGGCAAUAGCUAUAACCUGUGUGUCAAUGAUGAGGCGGCGGCGACAACGACCACCACCACUACCACCACUACCACCACUACGACAACGAAGGCGGCGAAGACAAAGAAUUGACGAGGUGGGGAGUCGUACUACUAGUAUGGGGGAGAGGCUAUCAGGGGACGACGGUUGGCGAGAGAUUUUGUUAAGGGUAGAACUAGUUGGGGUCAGGAUAUGGCGAUGCUCUUCCAGCUAUGUACACUACAAUACAACACCUGGCUUGCUGAGAUACUCAACUUUUGUAGCACUUAGCUUGAGCUUAGACCAAGGAAAUGUCGGUGGUGGUGUGCUCUAUGCGCCAACGCUUACAUCGCUACCAAAGUUGUUUCUUAUGUCAAUAAUAGCGGUAUCGUCUCUUAAUGCCAGCUGUAGUCAGUCUCCCCAGUAUGCUUUUCCCGGAAUGUGAAGGUGCAAAGACCUGCAA